CCUUUUUGGGCUUAUUAUGCUGUUCAUGACUGGAUUUUUGGGGAGACACUGUGUAGGAUUCUCUCAGGUGUCUACCUCCUUGGCUUCUACAGCGGCAUCUUUUUCAUAAUCCUGCUGACCCUAGACAGGUAUCUGGCCAUAGUGCAUGCAGUGUUUGCUUUAAAAGCUAGGACAGUUACCUACGGCAUCCUCACCAGCAUUGUCACUUGGGCUGUUGCUAUUUUUGCUUCUGUUCCUGGGAUAGUAUUUCACAAAACUCAAAAGGAAAAUUCACGUUAUACUUGCAGUGCUCAUUAUCCAUCAGAGCAGAGAAAUGUAUGGAAGCAAUUCCUGACCUUAAAAAUGAACAUCCUAGGACUUGUUAUUCCAAUGUUAAUUAUGAUCUGCAGCUACACACAAAUUAUCAAGACAUUACUACAAUGUAGAAAUGAGAAGAAACAUAAAGCAGUCAGGCUUAUUUUUAUCAUUAUGAUUGUCUACUUUUUUUUCUGGGCACCAUACAACAUUUGUAUUCUCUUGCGUGAUUUUCAAGGUACAUUUUCCAUCACUACUUGUGAAGGCAGUGGUCAACUGCACAAAGCAACCCAAGUGACAGAAACAAUCUCAAUGAUCCACUGUUGUAUCAACCCUGUAAUCUAUGCCUUUGCUGGUGAAAAAUUUAGGAAGUAUCUUCAUAGCUUCUUCCGAAAGCAGAUUGCAUUCCACUUCUCAAAAUGCUGCCCUGUUUUCUAUGUUGACACAGCUGAACGGGCUAGCUCCACCUAUACACAAUCUACUGGAGAACAAGAAGUUUCUGCUGCAUUGUAA